AUGGAGUCUGAUAAGGGUAUGUUUUUGGCUGCUCUUGAUACCGUUAGGUCUGCUGCUCUAACUCCCACUGAGCACUUGCUGUUGGAACGGUUCUUGGAUCUGGCUGAAGACCCAGAGUGUGCAGCUAGAUACCUGCUGCAAAAGGUGAAAGAGAACCCAAACCGCAGUGUUGAGGCAAGCCUUGGGGAAGUCAAGGAGGACUGGAGACAGCUUGUUACUAAAUCUACAAAACGUGAGGCGAUACCAUUGCCGUUGCAAUGUCUCCUCAAACGCCGGGAUGUGCAGAAUUGCUGCUGUAUGGUAAACCAUCGCGAACGCCUAGAUGUAAAUGCAACGUUUGAUGUCGAACCCACAUGGAUUAUACCCCCUUCCACUUUUGAUGACAAUGAGCUGGCAUACGAGAGUCCGCUCUCCUCACUCUUGGAAGCCUUCUUAACUCCCGACAAAGUACGCUGGCUACGGGACAUGCUUGAAGGUUGUACCGAGCAAAAAAAUGCACUGAAAAACCUUUUGCUCCUAUCACCAUCGGUCCAGUCCGCUUUCCGAGAUGGCCAUAUAGAGAUCACUAGAGGGUCAGAAUGCACCGACCUUACUCUUAGCAAUGGAGAUCCGUUGAAUGGCAAUGUUCAUAUGUUUAAAAUUUUCACUCAGGAUCCCUCCUUAUACCCUUUACCUAGUGAGGAAUUACUCCGGAUACACUCCAAGAUCGCUACUGCGUUGCACCUUUUCUUUGUCGAGGAACGCAUUUCCAUCGGUUGGCCACGAUCACCUUACAUUUCACUGAGCAAAACGGCCUGCCAAUAUAUCCGCAGAUGCUGGCAUUUUGUGCCCAAACCGAUACGCGUUCGGUGUUACCUUCUUUUACUGAAGGUCAAUGAACGUCUGUAUCCGCAUCAGGCGUCGGCGUUGGCACAGCAACUUCCACUCGGGCUAUACAUGAAGCAAUGUUACCGGACUCGAUACAAUGAAGGAAUGGCCCUUCAGAUCGUUGAACAGCGUACAUCAAUACAUGCACCCCUAUACGUUGACACAUUCGAGCAUGAGGGCAAGUUAAUGCUGGUAAUGACUUGGAUUAAAGGCAAUCAAUUGAAUGAGGUAUUCCACCGGUUAUCAUAUCAGGAACGCGCGCAACUUUCAGCAGACUUGUGUUCAGCUAUCAAACAGCUUCGAACGAUCCCAAAUAACACCUCUCAUCGCUUUGCGAAUGUUCUGGGUGGCCCACUUCUAGAUGUUCGCAUACCAGACCAACCCGACGUGGCCUAUGGCCCCUUUAACAAAGUGACUGAUUUCCACAACUCGCUUAUACACACGCACAUCGCGUCCAGCACGGAAGAGGCGGUAGCUCCCAUCUAUUCCAGAAAGUACCGCUCGUUCUUCUCCCAUGCUGAUUUAAAUCCUUAUAAUAUCAUGAUUGACCGGGGGAAGCUGUCCGGUAUCGUGGACUGGGAAUGUGCCGGCUAUUAUCCCGAAUACUGGGAAUUUACCAAGGGGAUAUACUGUGUGGAAAACAGUCCGGAGAGGGAAAAGAUCAUACGAGAUGCUUUUCCAGAUGAUAAUUACGAUGAAGAACUUGCGGCUGAGAAGCUGUUAUGGAAAGAAACGCCUCCGUGGGUCUAG